AUGAGUGAGAGUGCCUACCGAGGUCGACUGACGCGAGACAACGCAGUCUUGCUCAUCGUGGAUCAUCAAGUGGGCCUUUACACCGGAGUUCGCGACAUUGAUACCCUCGAACUUAAGCACAACAUACUGGGCCUGACAAAAGCUGCUGUGGCUCUCAAAGUUCCUGUGGUUGUAACAACAACAACGGAGAGCAUGUGGGGUCCCUUGAUCCCCGAGCUACAAGAAGCAUUGCCCGGCAUUGACCGAAUCGAACGCACAACGGUCAAUGCUUGGGAUGAUCAGCGUGUCGUCGCCGCCGUGAAAGCUACGGGGCGGAAGAACUUGAUUAUAACUGGAAUCUCGACCGACGUAUGCUUGGCCUUCCCAGCAAUGUCCGCUCUUGCAGACAACUACACGACCUAUGCUGUUGUGGAUGCCUCCGGCAGCUUUACGAAGAGACAAUCGGAGAUGGGCGUUCUCCGUAUGACUCAAGCCGGGGUCAUUCCUGUCUGUUAUUCCAACGUUGCAGUUGAGAUUUUAGCAGAUAAUGCAGCUUCUGAAUCUGCUGAGGUUUAUGGCGCUCUCGGUAUGCCCUUUGCUGGACUCGUGUAUGGUUUACAGCAGUACUUUUCGCACUAA